GACACCGACAAGCCAGCCAUUUUGCCCAUAUCUCCCGACCAACACUUGCAAACCGAAAUCCGAAUCUUUCACUGCAACCGUCGUACUCUGCUACAUCUGCUGACAUAUCUUUUGUGCCGCCACAUGUUGGGUUGGCGGAGAUAUCGGUGGUCUCCCGCGUGCAUCUCUCCUAAAGGGAGCGUUGAGUGAAUGGACAUGGGCGCGGAUGUCCAGAUCGUCAAGGAGGACGAAACCCCACAACCACCAUCCGAAGUCAUCCUCGACCCCGAUACGACCGCCGUGGUCAACGACGAUGCCUUGUCCAUCGAAGCUGAAUUAAUACCCAUAAAAAAGGAAGAGGAAUUAUCUGGUGAGAACGGGGAUGACGGUGGCGUCGCACAGCGACCCGCGAAGCGGCGCAGGUUGGACGAGCUCACACCGCGUCGCUCUGCAUCUCGAGCUGUAUCUCCACCAUGGAAAUCGUUCGCAGCCGAUGGACCGACGACAAUAAUUAACAACGGUGUCAGAAAGUCAACGAGGUUCAGCAAGGAAACACCUACGGCUACCCCCGAGCCAGCAAAGCGUAGCACGCGGCACGCGACGAAGACGGCGCAGACGAACGGGACGCCGAAAAACCAGGGUAGCGUCAAGAAAAAUGGUAUCCGACCUGCGCCCGGCUCAUCGUCUCAAGCCAAAGGCAAGACUGUGUCUGAUCUCAAGAGAAAGACAUCGACAGCCUCGCUGAAGUCCCCCGCCCCGACGCCCGCCUCGCGAAAGUCGACGCGUCAACGUAAUUCGUCCAUAGCUAACGCGCAAACAUCUUCAUCACCCGUUCAAGAACAGCAGUCUCCUGACAGCGUACGAAGACGACCCGGCCGCCCCAGAAGAGUACCUCAACCUCCCCCUGAUGAGCUCCUUGACGCCGAUCUACCAGAACCCGGCUCGCCUUACAACGAUCAAGACGAUAUCGUGGGAGAUUCCUCCGGCCCCGCCCCUCGCCUCCGUCUUCGCCUACGACGAGCUGAGGUGCCUAAUAGACACCCUCAGCAUGCCCCUCCUCCCACCAAAUUCGAUUCUUUUACAAGCUGGUUACGGAGUGACGAUCCUCUAGAAGGCGAGGAGGGUCAAAGGCUGACGGAGGAUAAAGUUAGGGAAGAAGCGGAGCGUCGCAUGCAGAUCGCCGAAGCUGCCGAAUCUGGUAUCCUCAGUAGAUCACGAUGCAGUAUAUUUGCCCCCGAACCCGCGGAAGAGCCUCCGCCUCGCUAUGGCCAUUGGGACCAUGUCGUUGCCCAUGCUCUACAUUUCAACAAGCUCUUGAAAAAUGAACAAUUCACUCAUCGUCGCCAAGCCAGGACCCUGGCCCGAGAAGCUGUGGACUAUUGGAAGACCAAAUACAAGCGGAAAACGCAGGAUGAGAUGGAUCAAGAAGAAUCGGAUCGUGCGCUUUUAAGAUACAAACAGAUUGUGAAAGACGUCAAAGACACUUGGGCCAACGUCAAGGUGGAGAUUGAUAAAGAGCGGGUUGCUAAAUGGGAAGAGCAACAGUUACAGCUUGGCCACAAGGCGAUGGACGAUAUGUUCAACCAGGCUCAGGAGAUUCUCGGCCGUGGCGCCGCGGACUCGGUUUCAUACGUCAGCGAUGACAGAGCAAGCGAGGAGGGUGACUUUGAGAGCCGCGAUUCCCACGCUGGGAACGACGAAAGGGACGACGACGAUGUAAUGUCUAUGGAUUCAGACAGCGAAGAGGGAGACAUCAAUGAUGAGGAUGCCAACCUCACCGCUGAACAGUUACGGGCCAAAUACGAACAACUCCCGGAUCUACCCAAUGAUAGCGAGGACGAAGAAGGUUCUGAAGGAGAGGACGAUGAAGAAGUAGAAGACCAGGCUGAGGAUCGUACACCGGAACCUACACCGGACCCUGAUAUCGACAUUGAGAACACUUCGGAUUCAGCAACGAACUCUCUCAGCAAGACCAACGGCUACCAUGACGACCCAGAAGAUGAACCAAAGAGAGUUGACAACAUCGACCCUGCUACCGUUGAGCUUGACUUGGUUGAUGAAGCACUUUUGGAUACCGAGGAUGAAGAUGGCGGAUCUGCAUCAGGUAGUGAAGAGUGGCCAAGUGAUGAAGACGAGGAGCAGUCUGAUGAAGACGAUGGAUUUGAUAGCGGAUCUGAGGAUGAAGGGGGAGACUUGGGUGUCAUGGGCUUUUUGUCAGCAAGUGAGAUAAAGAAAAUGAAGGAAGCCGCGAAAACAAUCCUUGACAAGGAGACCAAAGCUGAAGGAGAUGAGGUAGCGGAUGCCAUGGAGGUUGUCGAAGCUGGCCCUACAAAUGACAACAAAUCAACCGUAGGCGAGCAGCCUAGUGUUCCGAGCCCCCACUCUAACGGUGUCAACGGACACCACCCUGACCAGCAACUAGAAGAGGCCAAAUCAGAGGUCCAAGAGCAACUGACUACGACCGAUGGCCGUGACACAGACCAGAAGAACGGGGAGACGUCUGCGGACAAGCCGAAAUCAUCCAUCGAGGACAGAGAUGAAGACAUGGAUGAUGUAGCUAUGGCCCCGUCCAAAUCCCAAAGCCGGUCACGCCAUUCUUCAUCACCUCCACGUACCGAGAUUCCAUCGUUACUUCGUGGCACCCUUCGAGAAUAUCAACACGAUGGAUUAGAUUGGCUUGCAAAUCUUUAUGAUACAGAUACUAAUGGUAUCUUGGCUGAUGAGAUGGGCCUGGGCAAAACCAUCCAGACCAUAUCACUCCUUGCCUACAUUGCCGUCAACCGUCAGGCAUGGGGGCCGCAUCUCGUGGUUGUCCCUACGAGUGUUAUGCUAAAUUGGGAGAUGGAGUUCAAGAAGUGGUGCCCGGGUUUCAAGAUUCUGACCUAUUAUGGCGACAUAAACGAACGCAAACGCAAGCGAGCAGGUUGGCGAACAACCGGACGCGACAUGUACAAUGUGGUCAUCACGUCGUAUCAACUCAUUCUACAAGACGCAGCAGCCUUCAAGAUGCGAGCCUGGCAAUACCUCAUUUUGGAUGAAGCCCAUAAUAUCAAGAAUUUCAAAUCCCAGAGAUGGCAAACCAUGUUGAACCUUCGCACAGAACAUCGACUUCUGCUUACGGGAACUCCGUUGCAAAACAACAUUGAUGAGCUCUGGUCCUUGUUGUACUUCCUCAUGCCUGCUGGCUUUGCUGGGGAGGGUCGAAUUGCUGGUUUGGAAGAAUUCACCAUGGCUUUGAAAAACCCUACCUCCCAGAUUUUAGAUCAAGGACGACAGCAGCUUGACGCUGAGGCUCAAAAGAUCGUGAAGAAAUUGCACGAGGUGCUGCGACCUUAUUUACUCCGACGACUAAAGGCGGACGUUGAGAAGCAAAUGCCGGCCAAGUACGAGCAUGUUGUAUACUGCAAGCUUUCCAAGCGACAGCGGCAAUUAUACGACGGGUUCAUGGGACGCGCUUCGACUAAGCAAAUCCUGUCAUCGGGGAAUUACAUGUCUAUCAUCAACUGUCUGAUGUCCCUUCGUAAAGUCUGUAACCACCCGGAUCUCUUCGAAACCCGUGCAAUCGUCACAUCCAUGGCCAUGCCCAAGUCAGUCACAGCUGCUUAUGAGAUUAAAUCCCUUCUCGUUCAGAAGAGAUUAUACGAGAAUCAAGAAGAGACAGUAAAUCUGGACGCCCUCAACCUCCUGUUUGCACGGCGGGAACAGUCAUCAAUGCUGCAUGCACGUCGUGCUCAGCAUAUACGUGCAACUCGCCCCUUGCAGGAUCUUAUCGAAGUUCACACCCGUCGCCUCAAUCCUCCUACACCAGCACCAGCUCAUUCUCUGCAAGCCACUCUAGCCACAAUGGCACAUAGGCAGGCGGUAGAAGUGCGGGAUCAUCUGCAAACCUGUCUCCGGCUUACGCGUGCCAGGACCAUGUUCCGGCCAAUUUAUGGAAAGGGUUUAAUUGAUCGCCUUUCCAUUGAUUAUCAGGACUACGCUUUUGGUGCACAUUACCAAGCGCCAUCGAGAGGCGACAUGGGAGAGGAUCCUAGCGAUUGGAUCCAACCUAAUGAUCAUGGUCCGAUGUUGAGGAAAGGAAAUCUUGGUUUCCGGGCCCCCUUGAACCCUCUCAGGGCUAGCGAAUGGUAUCAAAGGCAAGUUUCGUUGUUUCAGGAAUUGGUGCCAACGAUGGAGCAACGUGCCGAGUCUAUGCACUCGUUGCUUACAACAUUCACUUGCGUCACACCUGCCGUUGCGGCCGAAGAGUUAGCUCCUCUAUCAUUGUCAAAACCUGGAGUACGAAUGGUACGAGCAUCGCAAAUGGCACAGCAUCUCGACCCAUUCCACGAGCCUCGCAUUCGACAAUCCAUCGCUUUCCCUGACAAGCGCCUUCUACAGUACGACUGCGGCAAGCUUCAGCGCCUUGCAGGUCUACUCCGAGAACUCCAAGCUGGUGGCCACCGUGCGCUAAUAUUCACUCAAAUGACCAAAGUCCUUGACAUUCUUGAGCAAUUCCUGAAUAUCCACGGUCAUCGAUACCUCCGACUAGAUGGUGCCACGAAGGUUGAGCAACGUCAAAUAUUGACAGAUCGGUUCAAUAACGACCCACGAAUUCUCUGCUUCAUCCUUUCCUCACGCUCAGGUGGUUUGGGCAUAAACUUGACAGGUGCUGAUACAGUCAUCUUUUAUGAUUUGGACUGGAACCCCGCCAUGGACAAACAAUGUCAAGAUCGAAGCCAUCGUAUCGGACAGACGCGCGACGUACACAUCUAUAAAUUCGUCAGCGAGUACACCAUCGAGGCAAACAUCCUCCGUAAAUCGAAUCAGAAGCGUCUUCUAGAUGAUGUCAUCAUCCAGAAAGGAGAUUUCACGACGGAUUACUUUAAUAAAGUCACUUGGAGGGACGCCCUCGAAGGUAGUGAGCCUGUUGACGAAGCUGGUGCAGCUAUGGAUCGGGUUCUGGGAGAAAGAGCCGGUCUGCUGGGUGAUUCAAAAGUCAUGCGGAGUGUCGAGGACACUGAAGAUCAAAACGCCGCCAACAUUGCCCAAAAGGAAAUCGUCGAUGAGAUCCAUGAUGACCAGGUCGACUUCAACGAAAGCUCCAACACAACACCAAAGGGCGGUGCGACCCGACAACCCUCCGAAGCUGGGCAGAAGGACGACGCUGAGCACCGACAUGUUGACGAAUAUAUGCUGGACCUCUACCGCGAGGAGUACGGCAAAGAGCCGUACAAGCCGCCGACUGAUCGACAGAAGAGGAACCGCAAAGGUCAGGAUGUACAUCGUACAAACCGGAAGAAGAAAUACUAGUGCAAUUCACACAAUUGUAGGCUAGAAAGGGCCUGGAGAAUUCUCCAUUCGAGCUAAAGCUCACUCUGUAUUAUAUAGUAAACGAUUCAAGCAUAUUUAAAACAGGAGUAGGUGGUGUGUAUCAGGGUUCAUGGGUUUUGGGUACCUGGCGUGACACCGAGAUACAUUGCUGAAAGGGUGAGAUCACCUUUAAUCUCAGUACGUUUCGGGAGUUUCAUUGAAAUGCAUGCAUGGCGACGGUAUGGGGACAACCGAUUUUUAGAGAACCAGGAUUUGGUUGGGAUGGAUAAUGGGGCCCUAUGACGGUAAUAACUCAAAUAAUCAAAAAUUCCAGGAAAC